AGAACAGAAACCGCAGCGCAUCGCUGUCACGCUGCGGCGGAGCCUCUCCCGCGCCUGCACACGGAGCUGUGGGCUCUCGGGCGUAGCCCUUGCACCCGAGCCCCGAGGGAAGGGCAGAGCCGCGGCCGAGCCGCGCCGGAUGGGGCGGUGGCUUCCGCGGGCCACGCAGCCGCGGCCGGGCUGAUGUGGGAGCCGCGGGGCGCGGCGGUGAGGGCGGCGGCAGCGGCCCUGCUGCUCGGGGCCGGCGUCUGCUACUGCCUGUGGCGGCUGGCGGCGGGCGGGCGGCGGGGGCGGCGAGCAGCGGCCGAGCGGAGCCCGCCUGCAGACAGCAGUCCUCCAGUGUCAACCCAUACCAUGGAUGUGGAUGCUCUACAGAAACUUAUUCAUUUGCUCCAGGCCACAGAUGAUCCAUUAAUUCAAGAGCAAGCUUUAAUCACUCUCAGCAACAGUGCUGCCUUCUCUGUAAAUCAAGAUAUAAUCCGAAAUUUGAAUGGUCUGUCUGUUAUUGGAGGGAUGCUCUCCGACUGCGUUCCCAAAGUUAAAGAAAAAGCACUGAAUGCACUUAAUAAUUUGAGUAUGAAUAUUAAAAAUCAGGAAGAGAUACAGGUAUUUAUUACACAAGUUUGUGGGACUGUUGAGUCAGCUCCCCUGAACUCUGAUGUGCAGCUAGCUGGACUCAGGCUGUUGACAAAUAUGUCUGUUACCAAUGAGUACCACCAAAAGAUGAUAAACUCCAUUCCAUGCUUUCUUCAUUUGCUUUCAGAAGGAACUGAAAGGACACAGAUUCAAGUUUUGAAAGUACUUGUGAACUUAUCUGCAAACCCAGCCACGACAAGACAUCUUCUCAGAGCUCAAGUGCCAUCAUUGGUGUCACUUUUUGACAACUGUGUAAACAGAGAUAUUCUGGUUCGUGCCCUGGCAUUUGCAGCCAACUUGAAAAAGAACAUGAAGGAUGAAGAAGGCACCAAGAUUGAGGAAUACAGUGAAGACUCAAUUUUCUUCACACUCUGCAGGGACUCUGCCCCAUUUGCCCAGAGACUGGCAUCUUUGCUGCAUCACCCUGACACAGAAGUGAAAGAACAAGUUGUGAGAAUAUUAACACAAUAGUGCUGUUUUCUUAUACAGACUGACCUGAUGAAAAUAUCUAAUCUUGGCAAUGCUAGGCUAAGAAAGCCUGCAACAAGUAAACAGUACAACAAUGAUGGAGAAAAAAAAAGCCCUAAAUACGAUCAGAUAUUUUUUACAAGCAAGAGAAAAGCAACAGAUUAAUUAUUACUGAUAAACCACUGCACAGUUGCUACAUUUAUGCAAUGGAAGCAAACAGUUUAAAACAUGAAAACAUUUAUAUGUAAAAUGAGCAUUUUAAAUGGAUGAGUGAGUGAAUGAAAGUAUCCCUUGCAAUGUCAAAGACCUUUUUUUUUACUUUAAGUAUUUACAGCUGUUGAAUAAAUGCCUCAUUGCAAUUGUGCACUAAAGAUUUAGUAAUUGGAGAUUAGGCAUUUAUAUUUUAUUAGUCUACCUAUGAAAAUGGUACAGCUGAAUCUUACAAGAUAAUAUUAAAUAAAAACAAUACCAAACUAUAAUUGGCUUCCUACAGAAUCAGUAUCUUCAAUGAAAGCUGCAUACUAAAGUCACCAAACCUAGGUUUUUUCAUUGUACCUGUAUGGAAUUUAUUCUUAAACUCCAUUUUUGCAUGCUUAGUAUAUCCACUCCAUUUAGCCAAACUACAGUGCAAUUAACUACAACUGUGAAAGGUUUCUACACUUGAAGAAUAUUUGAAAGGAUUUUAUAUUACUUUAAAAUUGUCACUUUAGGGAAAGCAGACAUUUUUUAAAGUAUUUUAUUAGGAGUCAAGGAUUAUCUGCAACUGUAAUUCAGUAUUCUCAUUCUUAUUUUUAAAAAGUCUACAGGAGCAGUAUCAUACACGUUUUUACAAAAGCUUCCAAUUUUGUAGUAGUCCUUGGGCUUCCUUUCCUUGGAUAUCUUUACUCCUUUUUUUUUCUGCAUCUGGAGCAUCACUGGAAUGAGUGCUUCUGCAGAAUGGGCCCCCAUAAAGUUUUAGUCAUCAACCCAGCAUUACUUCAAAAUGAAGUGGAAUCCAUACAAACAUCACUGUAAAAGAACCUGAACAGUUUCCUUGAUGAACAGAAAACAUACUGGAAAAUACUUCUAAAACCAAACUACCAAAAAACUUCCACUACAGAGAAACUAAAAAAGGUGUCAAAUGUAAAGGCUAGGAAAGUUUUCCACUUUGUUCCAUUUUUAAGAGAACUGUAUCACCUAAACUGUUACCAAGUGCUUCAUCUUUCUCAUUUAGCAUACUCACUGCUCUUAGAAAACAUUACUAUCUUCUCUUUCUGUACUACAAUAGAUACUUUUUUUCAGGAGGUCACUUUGCAAAUAGCUAAAACUGCAAGAAAAAUAUGACCUUGAAACUGUGACACACCCAAGCCCUGAUCAAUACAGGGGUAAAGCUACACAUAUCUAAUUUAUCCACGUAGGUAGUUUUAACUCACCAGGAAUAGAGUUCAGGCAGAAAUAGAAGCUGGCAUGACUCCCAGUCAGAAACUUGACAAUUGCUGCAUUGACAGUGAACUUCCUUUUCUCCUUCCCACUGCUCCUAAAACACUGUACAGUUUGUAAUAAGCAAGUUACAUUACAAUCACUUCAUGUUUUGCAACUUUUUGUAGAUUUAAUGUUUUCCGCUACUGAAUUUGACUAAGAAAAGAUUAUGCCAGACACUAAGAAUUUACCCACUCUCCUCUCCUGACAAGAGAUUAGGACCAGUCUGUUCUAGGUACAGCUGAUACAUGGUUUCCUAAGCUCAACAACAGAGAUGUCUAGAUGUCCCUUUCUGUGUUCUUCAAACUAAAAAUAAGUUUUUCAAGUAUUAUCUCUUUUUGAUAGAGUUGAUCUCUUAGCCGUUGCUUUAACACCUGACACAAACAAGUGACCUUUUCUAAAAAUACACAAGAACUUGC